UGAAACAAAUGUAAAUAUGGCGAUUAUCAUUGUCAGGAAGUUUGUGCGCGACUCAAGGAGAAAUAUGCCCACAAUAUUUGUUCUUUUGCCUGUAUUUAUUAGUGUUCUCAUUUGUAAUGCACACAAAGAUCCUUCAGCCGUACCUGCUGUGACAGAUUCAUAUUAUUCUGUACCAAAUCAAAAGGAGAGCGAUUAUUUUAAGGUCUCAGGAACUAUCGCGACGGGAACGCCUCCGGCUAUCACGACCGAUAUGACGGAAUCAACAGCUGAUGUAGUGACAGCCGUUUUGCCUUUUCUGCUCCCCUUUGGACGAUCCUCAAUGGCGCGGUUCAUCCCGGCGUUGACCAGGGAUUGUCGCGAACUCUUAGAAGACUAUGCAAACGUCUCCUCCAUUUUUGUGCACUGUGCCCUUUUUAACGCCAAACCGUUGCUUUUAUGCGAAACCUGUGUGGUCGAGUUUAAUGAAGUCGAAAAGAACUUCAGGGAAAUUGAAAAGGCAGACACAUGCAGUGACAGUUUGCUGAGUUCUGAUCGAGUGCAGAUCCUGAGAGAAAUACACAAAUUUUUGAAGAAUCUUUGGCAAAAAGCAAAUUGUGAGAGUUGCUUCAAAGAUGUGAAAGAUUGCACUAACAAGACAACAGAGAAUUGUCCACUUGCUGAGAAAGUGUCAAAGUUCCGGAAGUACAACAAUGAAACCCUGAAUUGUUUUGAGGCUGUCGUGGCACAAAAUGGGGAUGUGUGCACUAACUGCUCUGCCAUCUACCAGAGGCUGAGCAAGGCUUACCAGUCCUUGGGAGAGGUGGAGGAGAUUUGCUUUGACUGUGUAGAACUGAUGAACAGUACAAGGAAAGAGUGGAGUGUUGCCUAUAAUUGCACCUGUACCAGGAAGGAUGUUGUCUCCAUUGUUGCCAUCAGCAUCUUCUUCUGUUCCUUCCCAAUUUUCUUCUACUUGGGCUCCAAGAUGCACUCUGUGAAGGUGGAGCACAAGCUGAUGAAACAAAAUCGACUGAGGAAAACCCAUCGACCCUCUCAACCAAAAUUGAUCACACUGCCAGAGCAUGGAGAGGCUUUUCUGACUGAGGAAAGCUCAUCUAACACGAUAUGACACAACCCAAACCAUGAAUGCGGAUUGGUCAGCUGUAUUGGACCAACCUCAUGUGACAAGACAAAUGUGUACCGCUUUAAUUUUGCAAGAUUUGUUUGGUAAAUACACAGGAUGAGAGCCACCUUGGAUAGUCAGUGUUUCUGUGACCUACAACUAUGUUAUCAGUAAUCUUAGGCACAUCCAUUGAGACAUUUCUUGUUCCAUGUUUAAUCCUGAUGUCUUCACUGGAAAUAUUUCUGCCAGCAUUUCCAGCUUCUAUAACCAAGAGCUUAAAGCCAUAUUUAUUCCAUGUUGUGGGGUUGGCCUUUAAAUUUAGAUGUUUUUAGGUGGGAAUUCAAUUUUGACAACAAAAGUGAUGAAUUUUUACACCUUCAAUGAUCCCACACAAGCCAUCUUCCAAGAGCAGCUCACCGAUUGUACUGUGUUAUCAUGAAGUUGACAUGGAGUUUAUUUACCCAUUUGUCAGUUACUCAGUUUGAAUGUUGAUGGCAAGCUUCAAGUUCCAUGAAAAAACCAAAGAAAUUGCCUCGGUUUGCUCUAGAGGAGUGUAAUUUACAAACUUUUUUGUAUUUGGAAUCUAUUUGCAUAUAUUUUGGUAAUAGAUACUUGCGUAUUUAUUGCUAGGACAGCAUUUAACUAUUCUGAAAUAGCAGUCUACAAUAUCUGGCAUAUUUUAAGAAUUUCUCUUUUUUUUUAUUUCACUCUAUCAUGUAUAUUUGUAAACUUUACAUUUAUGUACAUGCUAAUAAAAUAAAUGGUGAUUAAUUUUGUCAAAACAGAAUCAGACUGACAAAGAUUCAGUUUGUAAGUUUCACAAGAGUUAUGUAGUACAACUACUCAUGCUAAAUUCAGAAAUAUUCGCAGAUAAAAACUUUUGGAUUUGAAGCCUUGAAAUGUCUAAAUUCUGAACUUUUCACUGUGAAGAGGUGUCUAUUUCGCACACACUUUGCUUCUAGACUUUGACCGAUACUUUUUACAGACUCGCAACUUUAAUACUCUGAUUUGAAGUGUGAACCAACAGUUUUGGGAUUUGUUUGACCCUGUACAGAGGGACAUUUUUUUAACCAGGGUACUUGGUAAAGGUGUUUUUUGAAUGAAAGAUUUAGGUGGUUGUAGUUACAGUCUUCAAGCUGCCCAGAACAGAACACGGAAACUGCAUUAGUCAUUUUCUUCUUUCAUGAAGUGGCUUCCAAGUUAAAGCGUAAACGUACAUUGACUUUAAAUACAAGAUAUUUGGUUGUACAUAUUCGCUCUCCACUACGUUUAUGCCUAAGUUUGUAUACAAGAAGUGCAGCUGGACUCACAACACUGAUAAUGAUCCGGUGAAUUCCAAAAAUCUUUGCAUUUCGUUGAACAAAUUUUUACAUUCCUUCUGUACAGUUUCCUUUGAAUUUUCAAUUGAUACAAUGCAGCUUGGAAUUCUACGGACAGUGAAUAACACAAACUUUCAAAAAGAGGUAUACAAGGGCUUCUGCUGCUGGCCGAUACAAUUUCAAAUAUUUAAACUAAGAUGAAAGUUAUGUUCCCAAUGCCAAAACACGUCACUGGGGCGAUGCAGUUUUAUUUUUUUCUAAAAGCACCCAAGGCAAACAAUGAAGUGAUUGUCAACGCUGAGACGGUUUAUGACUGGUACACAGCUUGUAUAGAAGGGUGUUUUUUUCCUCUUUUCAGUCUAGAGUAUUACCAUAUUUGGACAGCCUAUUACAUUAUAAUCUGGUGCAAUCUGACAAAUCACAAGGCUUGUUCUAGCAGCUUGCAACGGAUUGCAUAGGUGUUUCCAUGUUUCAAAAACACUAACAGAAAAUUUUAAUUGCAAAAAUUUGAUUGGCUGUGAUAAAAAAAAAACCUGAGAAUGAGAUAUAAACUAAAAGAUCUAAAACACGUUUGUACCGAUGGGAUUUAAAAAUCGUCGUAGCCAACUUGAGAUAUUCAAAAUUGAAUUUUGAUAAAAAUUGCUCUAUCAGUAUAGGAAAGGUCACUAUGCCCAUAUAUGGUAAUACCCUAGACUGCUUAUAGCAGAAAUAACCUUCAAGUCUCUACACAAACGCCCUUUGUUUUAUCUUCAUACACACAAACCACAUUCUACAAAAACUAAUCAUCACUAGUAAGUUUAUACAACACUUAAAAGAAAUUAAACAUUACACUGUGCUUGCAUAGAAAGUAGAACAUACAUGUACACAAAGACCGAAACCACUUCAAAUGUACAACUUGCUUGGUCAUUCUCAACCGCAUUUAGGUUUGCUUUAGACAGGCGAGCAACUUUUCCUUGGAUCAGCUGAUUUCCUUGCUUUUCACUUCACACUGAUGCCACUGAAAAUUGAAAAACACUCUACAAAGUCGUGUAAAGAUUGGAAUUUCCUCUUUUUGUCAAAGUCCAAGUUGCAUGUCUGUUGAGAGAAGCUUGUACUUUUCUACGAUGAUGGCAGGAACGUUGCACUGCAACAUCUGGUUGGUUGUGGGUAAAGAAG